AUGGAGAUUAGUGCCCAGCUUGUCAACCCUAUAACAGUGGAGGAUCAGAAGCCCACCUCUCCAUCCCUGCUGCAUCUUCCUUCCAUCAAACUUCCCACCAUUGGGAUCGACGAUUUCCUAGAGCUCGAGCUUGAUGACAGUUUCUCCGAUAUUCUGCCUGAUGUUGAAGAUGACCUGGACAGCCUAAGAGAUGUCUUUAAUCCAUUACGAAAUGGACCUGUGGAUAUUCUAAAUGACACCACAGAAUCUACAGUAUCAUCAAAACUGGUUUCAUCUCAGGAGAUGGAUUUUACAGUGAUCUCCCCUGACGUGAACUCUUCUGUGUCCAGUUCAUCAGAUGCUUUGGAGUUUAGUGAUAUGUCUGAUUCCACUGACAAUAAAGGUAUUCAAUCUCGUGCCUUACAGUUCGGUGACUUAAGCUACCUGGAUGCUUCCAGUGAGAAAAAACAUCCUUCAGAAUCUAGAUCGCCUAGUGACUGCUGCUACAGCCAAACCAACCGCAGCCAAUCACCAAUGUCUUCUAAUCCAUCUGACUUCGAUGUGGGUGUGUCCACUUGUCAAUUUAGUGUGUCACUUGAGGACUUAGUGAGAGAGCCAUCCCCGGUGUGUGCAGCUUUAACACAUAUCACUGAUCCAGCAACAAAGUUAGUGGAAUUCCCUACAAAGCCAUACAAGCCUCACAGCAACACCAUCCUCCGGCGAGAGGAGGAAAUUCGUCAGAAAUUUGAGACUAUGCGCAUAGACUAUCCACAGGACAUUCAACAGCUGUGUCAAUUCUACAUGAAUCAGUCAGCAAAAAUUGAAACGGAGCGCCUUAACCUGACAAGAUAUCCAUGCCCACCUGACCGUUAUAUGGUGCUCAACCUACAUUACAACAACCAACUCAACCAGAUGAUGGAUCGGGUGGAACAGAGUCUCUGCUUGUUGGAAGACACCAAGAACCAGAAAUCAAAGUCAUUUCAAAGAAAUCGGAGACAACGAGCCAAUUUCUCACAGAAAUGUAUCCAGAUCAUGGAAGACUGGUACGAGAAGAACCUGGAUCACCCGUAUCCGAACUCUAUCACUGUGGAGUUGAUUGCAACCGAGGGAGGCAUGACAGCAGAGCAGGUGAAGAAGUGGUUCGGGAACAAGAGAAACCGUUCCAACAACACUCGCAGUCUUACAGAAAUUGCAAAGAAGAAACGACAGAAUUCCUUCAACUGCUUUGGUGAACUGUUCCUGUGA